CCUCUCCAGUGAGAAGCAGAUCCUGAACUGUAUCCAGUCGCUGUGGUGGCUGGGAGGCAGCACAGUCAGCCAAUCUCUUUGGUUUGAACCGUGAUUCAGCCUGAGGUAAAACAGGAGUCUUUUGAACUAACCGGCUAACCGAAAACAACUACUACUACCACCGGUGUCCCUGAACAAACUCCGGCUCUGCACGACACCUUUAAUCCUGCAGGUGCUGAGGAAACUGCAAGCAGAAAGUACCAGAAGAACCAGCUGUGGAAAGACUGUUGAAGGUGGUGAAUGUCGACAGGAUGUCCAGCCAGUUGACCAUUUCUUUGUGAAUGGAUUAGAGGCAGGUUGUGACCAUGCGCUGUCUGGCUGCUCGGGUGAACUACAAGACCCUCAUCGUUAUCUGCGCCCUCUUCACACUCAUCACUGUGUUGCUAUGGAACCGCUGCUCCAGUGACACCUCCCUACGCUUCCUGCCCCGAGCUGCCUUGGUGGCUCCAAGUCCCAAGGUGGGGGAUGCUAGCAUCAGCAGCCAACAACACCCUCCACAACCUCCAGAGCCCCCACCUGUAGUUGGGGUUGUCGGGGGCAUCAAGUAUGAAGAAAUUGACUGCCUGAUCAACGAUGAAUCUACUAUCAAAGGCCGGCGAGAAGGUGGAGAGAUCUACCUGCCCUUCAGCUGGAUGGAAAAAUACUUCGAGGUGUACGGCAAAGUAGUGCAGUACGACGGCUAUGAUCGGUUUGAGUUCCAGCACAGCUAUUCAAAGGUUUACACGCAGCGUGAGCCCUACCACCCCGAUGGAGUCUUCAUGUCGUUUGAGGGAUACAACGUGGAGGUCCGCGACCGUGUCAAGUGCAUAAGUGGAGUGGAAGGCGUGCCGCUGUCCACUCAGUGGGGCCCGCAGGGAUACUUCUACGCCAUCCAGAUUGCACAGUAUGGUUUGAGCCAUUAUAGCAAAAACCUGACCGAGCGCCCUCCCCACGUGGAGGUCUAUGAUACAGCCGAGGAGAGAGACAGCCGGGCCAGCACAGCGCCCUGGAGUGUGUCGAAAGGUUGCGGCCUCAGCCGUGUCCACGACAAGACCCGAGCUACCUCCGUGCGUCAGUUCAGUGCUCCAGAGUCCUCAGAAGGUGUGUCCCUGCAGCUGGGUAACUCCAAAGACUUCAUCCUCAGUCUGGACAUCAAGUUCAUCUCCAACGGCAGCAUGUCUGUGAUCCUUGAAACCACAGAGAAGGGCCCGCCCUUCACUAUCCACUACGUGACCAGCACGCAACUCAUCGCCUUCAAAGACCGUGAAAUCACCUACGGUAUCGGGCCACGAACCGCCUGGAGCACUCUGACCCGAGACCUGCUCACCGACCUCAGGAAGGGCGUCGGGCUGUCCAACACCAAGGCUGUGAAGUCCACUAAGAUCAUGCCCAAACGGGUGGUGCGAUUAGUCCUGUAUGGGCGUGGCUUUGUUGACAACGUCACUAUCUCCACCACUGCCCACAUGGCCGCCUUCUUUGCCGCCAGCAACUGGCUGCUUCGCAACCAGGAUGAACGAGGCGGCUGGCCCAUCAUGGUCACCCGUAAACUGGGUGAAGGCUUCCGGCCACUGGAGCCCGGCUGGUACUCGGCCAUGGCUCAGGGCCAGGCCAUGUCCACCCUGGUGAGAGCCUACCUCCUCACCAAGGACCAGGCUUACAUCAACGCUGCCCUCAAGGCAGUAGGACCCUACAAGGUGCCUUCAGCGCAGCACGGGGUCAAAGCUGUGUUCAUGAACAAAUACGACUGGUAUGAAGAAUACCCCACCACACCCAGUUCCUUUGUCCUCAACGGCUUCAUCUACUCCCUGCUGGGACUCUUUGACUUGACUGAGACAGCCGGAGAGAAGCUUGGCAGGGAGGCUGGGCAGCUGUUCAGCCGUGGCAUGGAGUCACUGAAGGCCAUGCUGCCGCUCUUUGACACAGGGUCUGGGAGCAUCUAUGACCUGCGUCACUUCAUGUUGGGCACUGCGCCCAACCUGGCACGCUGGGACUAUCACACCACGCACAUUAACCAGCUACAGCUGGUGGCAUCCAUAGACAACUCUCCCAUCUUCAAGGAUGUAGUAAAGCGCUGGAAAAACUACUUAAAAGGGAUUCGUGCCAAGCACAACUAGACCAACUGUAACCUACGUAUAGUAUACAGAUGAUGGCUGAAAAGUUGAAUAUACUUUAUGUGUGUGGAUGAUUGAAUGUGAGGCGGAUGCUCACAUUGUGUGUCUGUGUGCGUCUCAGUUUUGGUUUGAAGUUCAUAAUCUAAAGGAUGAGUUUACUCAGCUGCAACUCUCACCACUAAACGUUUCUCGUGUGCUCUGUUGCAGGUUUUAUAUUUUCUGCAACACUGACUGUAGCUCUCCUCUCCUGUUUUUUUUCUUUGAGCUAGUGUUUGUAAUUAUGCACAGACCUAGUUUCAGAGUGUGAGUGUUUGUGUUCAGGAAGUGCGUGUGUAUGUGUGUGUGUGUUUUGUUCAAAGUAACAAUAUAUGAUGUUAGAGAAAGAUGAAAUUCCUUGAAUUGUUUAAACUGGAUCACAUUUCCGACAUUCUUUGAUGAAUCCACCACCAGAAGUCUCUUCUCCACUUGUAUUUUUUUACCAUUUCAAGUUUAUUGAAACAAAUAAACUGUAAAAAACAGAAUAUAUUAUAAAUUAUUUGUCAAAAAUAAUGAAUCUUAUCAAUAUAAAAUAUUUAGACAUUUUGGAUUUUAUUUCUCCACUGCAACCUUUCUUUUUUUUUUUAUCCCAUAACCCUCAAAACUUUAAAAAGUUUUAAAUCAAGAAGUAUUUCUUAAGAAUACCAUGUUUAAGCUGUUAGGUGAGAUAAAUUAAUUUCAUCCCUUUACAGAAAUGCUGAAGAGUCAGAUGCUUAAUGCUUCCAAACCAGCAGCUUCCAGUUAUUUUCUGAAACCCCUUUCCCCUAAAACACAGUUAAAUAGUUUCAAAUAUUUUGGGGGGGGGGGGAUUAUGUUGUUAUGUCUUUAGUGAGCUUAACUCCUUUUAAAUAUUUUUUUCCUUUUUAAUAUCCGUUUCAAGUCACGGAUUAGGUGUCUGUCAAGCUGCUCGAAAUCAGCUCUGAGAAAUAAACAUCCACCAAACCACCGUAUUUGCUCUGCUACCAGCAGGUCUCCUUGCUUCUGUGUUUAGCUGAGCUGUUGUGUAGGCACAUCUGGACAGAGUUGUCUGCAUGACUGCAUCUUCGGUUAUGUGACUGUACUGGGACCAGGCUGUGUUUCAGUUAAGACAUCGACGACUGCAGGUAGCAACGCUGCCACAACUUGAGUGUUACAUUCCCUGAGAUCAGGCCUGCAACAAUCUUUAAAAAAAAAUCCUAAUUAAUAAUUUAUCCUAAUUAGCCGUCAGUGCUGAAGCCUCUGUAAUGCCGGUACCUUUAUGUGAUGUUUUAAGAUGACAAACUGUGUGCUACCAUUCUUAGCUGUAACUAAAACCCACUUAAGUAUGUCGGUUGGUCCCAAAAAACUUAAUAAUUCAUAUGCCAUUGCAGCUAUAAAUAGUUUGUUCUGCAUCGCUUUGAGUUCAGCUCAGUUAGUAAAGCUUAAGUUUCCCAUAUCAGAGAUCCUGGAUUGUGAUCCCAGCUCCGAUGUGGUUGCAGCCGAUCACGAAUCUCAGUGUUUGUUGAAAAAAGAAAAAGGCGGCUGAGAAAUAAGCCUCUAGAUUCACUGAUCAAGGGUGGCGGUUGCUCUGUUCUUCUUAUUUGCAGUUUGGGAAAAGCUAGAAAACCGUUUAGAUUGGGUCAGUCAGACAGAUUAUUUAACUCCUUCAUUGGUGUGUGUGGUCUUGAAAUGGACAUAAUUAUAAUGGGUAAUUCCCAGUGUGCAGACUAUACUACACACGAGCCGCCUCUGAUAUUAUAAAUAAUUUCUUCAGAUCAUAUUUACAGGUAUAUUUUACUAUUCUGACAAGAGACUACAAAUGAGUCAAUCUUUGCUAACUCUGGCACAUUAAAAUUUUGAUUAAUGUUGAUUAAUGUGCGCUGUCCCUGAUAAAUAAGAUAAAUACAAAUAGAAAAGUCCACGAAAGCUUCAUGCAGUUGAAAUAGGAUCCAGCAGUUUCAUUUUUAAAAUCCCUUCAUCCCAUAAGAAAUGUACACAGGACUUUGAACUUGCUUGUAUUUCCAUUCAACUUUCUUUAAAUGCCAAACUUUAGCUUCAGAUGAAUUCCUUGACCUUGACAUUAAAGUCUUUUUACAUCCUUUUAUGUCCCUUGGUUUGAACACCAGCACCAUUAGUUGUAGCUACAUUUUCUUUCACUGUCAUGCCCCCUUUUGAUCUUUUUAGAUUAUUGUUAACUUGGAAAGUCAUCUGAAAAACUCUUCUUCUGUAACUCAUACUUCUACAUGAUAAUUGCUGAAUACAAGUGUAGGUGGUGUAGAUGUAUGUGUUGUGUAUUGGGGUGGAUAGACGUGUGGGCAGCAGUCACAGCUGCAUCUCACUAACAUGUCAAUUUAUAACAUUUAAAUAGACAAUUCCAGGAGUGCUGAAGGUCGAGGUCCAUUCUUGACAAACAUAAAGAGGCUGUCAGUCCCAGCAGGCUCUCAUUGCUCCUCUCAGCUGUUGUGGGUGCAUGAACUCAGCGGUUUUUAAUCUGAGCGCUGCCCUGUUGAUCGCUGUACGAGGAGACAGAGCCUCGCCAAGACACUAACAAUUCACCCGGCUAUUAAGCUGCAGAGCCUGCACACAGUACAGUCGCUAGUCGGGGAUGAGUCAGCAUUCGCUGGCAUCACACUCACAAAGAAAACAAAGUAGAGCCCUCAGCAUUAAUGAGGCUUUCAUCGAUCUUCCUUAAAGAUUGUUAAUGGGAAGCAGGAGAAUCAGGCGGGCUUGUUCUUCUGAAGGUGUUGAUGGUGAAUUUUCUUUGGUCAUUUUCAUAGAACUGGUGUAAACUUUGAGAUGAAAACAUUUUCCCAGGCGUUCUGCUUUCAAGUUGUCGUAGUGUGAGCUUUUAAGACUAAAUCAAAGAAGCAUGUGAUUCAUUUCGAUGUAACAUUGGAUAGAAAGAAAGUCUUGCUUCUGUUCAAACUCAUUAAUUCCUCCGGGUACAUCGUUCUGACUUUACAGCUUCAUCUGUAACUCAACUUCUUGCAUUCAGAACUAAGUGAGGAUUCACGAGGGCCACUGUUAAGAAGAAGAAAAAAUCUGAGAUUUCGAGAAAAAUAUAAUGUAAUAUUUCAAGAAAUAAGUCAUAAUAUUAUGAGGGAAAGGAUGAAGUCUUUUGCAAUGAAAAAUAGUAACUACAAUACAGUGUGUAUAUAGGACAUAUAUACUGUAUUUCAAUCUCAUGCACAUGUAAUCCAAUCUUCAGUUUAAUCAUAAUAUACAGCAUUUUGUUCUUGAAGCAGUUUUUCCUGUAACACUAUGACUUUAUUCUAAUUAACUUUUUUCUUGUAAUAUUGCAAUACUUUUUUCUCAAAUUAUGACUUUAAAAUAAUAUUCUGACUUUAUUCUUGAAAUAUUCUGACUUUUUCACGUAAAAUUAUGCCUUUCGCCUCAAUGUUUUUUUCUUUAUUUAAUUCUUUAUCACGACUUUUUUUCUCAAAACCUUUUGACUUUAUUCUCAAAAUCUCAGUUGUUUUUUUUCCAUCAGUGGAGCAGAUCCUCCGCUGCAGAGGUUUAUACUGUGGAUGGAAGGAAUUAUAUUGAUGUUAUGUUUUUAAAGUUUAAAGAUAAAAUGUUAUCCCAGACAAGAGGUAUGAGUGCACUUUUUGAUAAUCCCAGGGUUUUUUUUGUAUGCUUGCUGAACUUUGCUUUGUUCAUUUCCUGGUGGCAUUUUCUCCCCAUGAAUACUUGCAUAAUUCAUACUUUGCCAUUUGACAGGACAAGUAGAAAUAUGUAGGAAUGGUUUUGUGUGUGAAUAACUAUCUCCAUUUUGUUUAUACCAAAGUCACUGAUUCAAGUAUAUUUGAAUUUGUAUAUUUUUGUGCAACCCCAUUUCCAUUCAGCAUUUAAUGACGUUAAGUCUCCUUGGAGACGUCACGGAGAGACACUGCCUUUUCAGAAAUGCUAGUUUUUCAAAUGUAUGUUGAAUAGAUUAUAACAAUAAAAGGUAUGUAAAACUCGCUUAUAGUAAAGGGGAUGUGUGCAACUAGAGAUUAGCAUUAGUCAGCUACUGUUUUAAAGGCAAAUGGGCCAAUGGCUGCAAAUUCUCCUUGAAAGUUUUUCUUUUUAUUUUUGAGUGUUUGUUUGCAUCAUUCAUCAUUUGUUGGAAUAAUUUGCAGAGGAGUAAGAUGUUUUGCUAGAUAGACAAAAGCACAACUGCCGUUUAUUGUCACAGGAUUUUGGUUGUAUUUCUUUUGGAUUGCUUUGUUUUUCUUUUCAGGACAAUGUGCAACGCCUUCAUUAAGGAAGCUGCUAUUGUUGUUCACUGUGUUACUGGUAUGAGAACUUCUUUUUAAUCAUUUUAGUGGUAUUUUUUUCUGGCUUUCCACUAUCUGACUUAACAUAUGACCACUGAGGUCAAAUGUGAUUUAUGCAAUAAAAUGUUUACUGGGGUCGUGACACCACAGGAGACCCAGAGCGGUUGUACAAACUUUGCAAUCAAAGCACAAUGUGCAGAUGCUACCAUUUUUUAGUCCAAGGAAGAGAGUUGUUUGUAUACAGAGUAAAUUGUGCUUUAAAAAUGUGCUUUUUAAAGGUGUAAAAAAAUAAAAGCAUUUUUCUUAAA